AUGAAAGAGCAGAGAGUGGAGCAGAUGGUAAAAGCAAUGGCAAUGCAGUGCCGUCGAUCGAAGCGCGCCGCCCAGCAACCUCGACGCGGACGACAAAAAACGCUGUUCAUAGUUGUCCUAAGUAUGGGUCUACUUACUAAAGGGAGUCCUCUCACAUGGGCUGAAACCGUCCCACACAUCGAAUAUAUAAAGAAGCAUGGUAUUUAUCAAUUCAUCAACUUGUAUCACCGUUUGAAGAGUCGCCAAGGAGAUCAGUUGAAAUGGGGAGACGAAAUCGAAUAUACGGUUGUGAAAUUUGAUCAUGCAAAUAAAAAGGUCAGAGUGUCAUGUCGUGCAGAGGAGUUGCUUUCACGUCUACAAGCCCAAGAAGAGGUGAACGCUUUAAUUGGUACCGUGAAUUGCUUUCUAUGGCGACCAGAGUUUGCUGCAUAUAUGGUCGAAGGUACACCAGGAGUACCUUACGGAGGGCUCCUCGCAUGUUUCAACGUUGUCGAAGCAAACAUGGUUGUCCGUCGUAAGGAGGUGCAGAAGCUGCUCAAAAAAGAUGAGUCUGUCCUAUCAAUAUCGUUCCCUGCUUUGGGUGUUUUGGACUUCACUGUCCCACCAAUGAAGCCGACUCCACGACAGGAAGGUCCCGGCCGUAGCAUUUUUUGGCCUGAAGAUGCUGUGUUUUGUGGUCAUCCACGAUUUAAAAAUCUCGUUAAAAAUAUUCGUGGUCGACGUGGUGAGAAGGUGGCAAUCAAUGUUCCAAUAUUUAGAGAUAAGAAUACUCCUGAUCCGUACAUUGAAGACCUCAGUGCUCUAGGAGAAGGCAAUAUGAUAAGCGCAGCAAAGCCAAAUCACAUAUACAUGGACCAUAUGGGUUUUGGCAUGGGAUGCUGUUGUUUACAGGUUACGUUUCAAGCUGUGAAUGUGGAUGAAGCCAGAUGGUUGUACGACCAACUUACCCCAAUCACACCUAUUCUUCUUGCUUUAUCUGCUGCAACACCGAUUUUUAGAGGCAAAUUAGCCGAUGUUGAUUCGAGAUGGGAUAUCAUCAGUGCGAGUGUGGACGACCGAACUGCAGAAGAACGUGGUCUGGUUCCACUCAAAAACUCCAAAUGGACCAUUGCAAAAAGCCGCUAUGACACCACUGAUUGUUACAUAUAUCCAUGCUCAGUAGCAUACAACGACAUACCUCUGCAAUAUGAGGAAAAAAUCUACAAACAACUGCGUGAUGGAGCCAUUGAUGAGCCACUUGCAAAACACAUCGCUCAUAUGUUCAUUCGAGAUCCAUUACAAGUAUAUCGCGAAAGAAUUGAACAGGAUGACGAGAAAUCAACAGAACAUUUCGAGACAAUCCAAUCGUCAAACUGGAUGAAUAUGCGAUUUAAGCCGCCACCCCCUGAUGCUCCUGAAAUAGGCUGGCGUGUAGAGUUUAGGCCAACGGAGGUUCAGCUCACGGAUUUUGAAAACGCUGCUUAUUGUUGUUUCGUCGUUUUGUUGACUAGGGUCAUAAUCUCGUUCCGCCUUACGUAUCUGCUGCCGAUUUCUAUGGUCACUGAGAAUAUGAAGCGUGCACAGAAAAGAGAUGCUGUAGUAUCUCAAAAGUUCCUGUUCAGAAAAAGUCUCGCAACAUGUGUCUCAGCACCAGAAAAUCUUAAAGGAAAUGCUCCACAAUGCGGAGCACCAAGUGAAGAAAUAGAGGAGAUGACUAUCAAUGAGAUUAUCAAUGGUAAAGAUGAAGGAUUCCCAGGUCUCGUUCCACUCAUCAGGCAGUACCUUGACAGUGCAGAUGUGGAUGUGGACACGCGUUGUACCAUUUCGCAAUAUCUCAACUUCAUUUCGAAACGAGCCAGCGGUGAGAUUUGGACGUUAGCUCACUGGAUACGGAAUUUUGUAGAUCAACAUCCUGCAUACAAACAUGAUUCAGAAGUGAAAGACGAGAUAAUCUACGACCUUCUUGUACAGAUGGACGGGAUAUCGAGCGGUAAACAGCACUGCCAAAAACUUCUAGGAUGUCAUCGAUCGAAAACAGACCACUUGAUUCCGAGCGCGGUGCGACGAGCUGAAGAAAGCUUUGUGAUGAGCAAACAAAAACGGGGCGUCUAA